GAAAAGAAGAACCGAAGAAAUGGCACCUGCCCGUAAACGCCGCGCGGUCCCCGACUCACCCAGCGAAGAAGACGAUAUCCCCACGCCCGCGACGCAACGACGCCGGGUAGCAGCGGCGCAUAGCGAAGAUGAAGAUAACGACGACGACGACGAUGCCGGUUCCGAUGAUGCGUACGAUACGCGGGCGCCCAGUAGCACGGACGUGAUGGUGAAGAAGAUGGUGCGGUUAGCGCUAGCGAGCGAGUUCUCGCGACUGCCGAUCCGACGAUCGGAUAUUAGUGUUAAGGUGCUUGGGGAGCAGGGGACGAGGCAGUUCAAGACGGUGUUUGAGGAGGCGCAGAGGGUGUUGCAGGAGAAGUUUGGGAUGGAGAUGAUGGAGUUGCCGGUUAAGGAGAAGGUUACGGUGCAGCAGAGGAGGGCUGCGCAAAAGGUUGAAAAGCCUUCAUCUACGAACAAGUCCUGGAUAGUGACGACUACGUUACCGACGAAGUAUCGGAAGCCUGAGAUUUUGUUGCCUAGUAGGGCGCCGAUGGAGAGUACAUAUACGGGGCUGUAUAGUUUUAUUAUCGCGGUGAUUAUGCUUAAUGGGGGCACGAUUCAUGAGCAGAAGCUCGAGAGGUAUCUGAAGCGGACUAAUACGGAUGCGUGGACGCCUAUUGAUCGGACGGAUCGGUUCUUGCAGCGGUUGUGCAAGGAGGGAUAUUUGGUGCGCAAUCGCGAUGUGGAUGGUGGGGAGGAGGUCAUUGAGUAUAUUCUUGGGCCUAGGGGGAAGAUUGAGGUGGGGACGAAGGGGGUUGCGAGGUUGGUUCGGGAGGUUUAUGGACAGUCUGAGGGCAGCGAGAGGGAUGAUGAGUUUGAGAUCCGGCUGGCGCGGAGUCUUGGGCUUAAGCAGCCGGAACCGCGUGCCCAGGAAGAGCAGGCUGAGGAGGGUGGUGAUGAUGGAGAGGAGGACGGGAGGCAAAGGCAGAGGCGGGAGCAGCCUAGCCGCCGGGUCAAUAGGCGGUUGCCUGAAUCCGAGGCUGAGGAGGAGAGUGAGGAUGAGGAGAGCGAUGGUUGACCACCAUGUCUUCUUUUUUUGUUUAUGUGAUGACUUGUCGUUUGUUGUAUUGUUUGCUAGCUAUAUUCUGUCUGAAUGAUAC